ACAAAUCUAUAGAAGUUAAAUCUUCAAAUGAACUUACAAUGGAAUUAAUCCGUGCAAAGUUUUCUGACUUGAUUUCAAGAAUCAGCAAAACAAUUUCUCACCGGAUUGCUGAUGAACUCUUUGCAAAUCAUUUUUUUACGAUGGAUGAGCUGAAUGAGGUGAAUUCUGAGCAGGUAAGCCAUAAGGCCGCAAGGAGACUGAUCACUGGGAUUAUGUGUAAGGGAGAAGAAUCCUGCCAGCAUUUUCUCAUGUUUCUUGAAAAGCAAGAUGAAUGUUUAUAUCGGGAUAUGUUUGGAAAAACUCCUAUGGGAAGUGUAACAGAAGAGGAUUUAGAAUAUUUAGAAAAUCAUCUAAAAUAUUUUUAUCAGCACCCAUCCUUUCAAACAUUUCACCCACUGGGUAAAGAUACGGGCAUCGACAUACUUUUUAAUUUGGAAACAACAUUUACGGAUCCUUUACUAUGGAAGAAAGACACACUAAAUCAGAGGAAAAUGCAAAUGACAUUGGAGGACGUAUUAAACAAACUCCAAAGCCCAUGUAUUAUUGAGGGAGAAGCUGGUAAGGGUAAAACCACAAUAUUGAGGAGAAUUGCUGUUCUCUGGUCAUCUGGAAUUUGCCAAGCUUUACAGGAGUAUAAACUUGUCUUCUUUAUCACUUUGCGUAAUACAAGUGAAGAGCUUUAUGAAACUCUGUGUGAUCAACUUUUUCCUGUUACAUAUGAUUGGAAGAAAGAGGCGUUCAUGCACAAAAUAUGGAAGCUUGGGCAAAAGGUGUUGUUUUUACUGGAUGGUUACGACGAAUUUAAUUCUGCAAGCUGCCCAGAAAUAGACGACCUCAUUAAGCAAAACUAUAAAUAUGGCAGUACCGUUAUUCUUACGACAAGAACUGAAUCACUUGGAGAAGUGCGAUAUUGUGGGUCUCAAAUUGUUGAAACAAGUGAUUUCACAGUUGAAAGUGCCAAAACCCUGAUUACAAAUGUCUUACGGGAAGAGGAAGCUGCAGGCUUAUUGCUUCAAUUGGAUGAAACUGAUUUCAUGAAAAACCUCAUCAAGACACCCUUGUUUUUAGUGAUAGCCUGUGUCCUUAGGAUGGGUGAAAGUGAUUUUCAAAUGAACACUGAAACAGCUCUCUUUUGUACUUUAUAUGAUCUGAUGAUUGAAAGAGGCCAAAACCAAUUCAAAAAUAUACAGGCAAAUAUCAUAGAAGAGAACAUCCGUUUUUGUGGAGACUUAGCUCUAAAAGGGCUUUUUGAACACAAGUAUGAAUUCCGAAGAGAGCACUUGACCAAUAUCAAAGAGGAUAUCUUGCUUAAGAUAGGGCUGUUAAAUAAGUAUGGGGCUCAACAAAAAAAUCCUGGCUACAGAUUUUUUCAUACAUCAUUUCAAGAGUACAUAGCUGGAAGAAGACUCUCUCAACUUUUGUCAUCUGAGGAAAGUUCUGAUAUGAGGACAGCAGAAUGCUAUAUUAACAAGAUACAAACCGUUUACGAUGUUACCGGUAAAUAUAAAAAUAUGCUGCUAUACACAUGUGGAUCAUCCCAAACUGCGACUCGCAAAGUUCUCCAUCAUAUUAGAAGUAUGUACAAAGAAGAAAUGAAUGAUUACAGUUGUGAAUUUGUAGAGUUUGGCAUUAACCUUUUUUAUGAGAGUGCCACUAAAACGGAACUGAGUCAUGAUUUUAAAUCCUUAUUUACUGGCAAAAUAUUGCACAUCAGUAUGUAUAAUAUAGCUUCUCAUCAUUUUGAUUUUUUUGAGUAUUUACCAAGCUGUCUAAGUGCUCUGAAUUUGGUCAAAUUAGACUUAUUUGGCACACAAAGUAAUAAGCUAACUGAAGGUGAAGACGAGGACAAAAGCCCUGCAAACGUACAGUUAUCUAAGUCCAAGACUUAUAUUUCUGAAAAGGUUGUCAAGUUGUUUUUUGAUUGGACUCAAGCUCUGCAGACGCUAGAGGUCACACUAAAGAACUUUGAUCAGUUGAACAAAUAUGACAUAAAAUGCCUUGGAAAGAUAUGCUGCUGUGCUGAGCGUCUCAGGCUCAAUAUUAGCUGCAGUAAAGGAAUCACGGGGACUCUGACAAGUGUGGUAGAGAAUUGCAAACGAAUGCAGGACCUGAUUAUUGAAAAUACCCCUCUUAGCGCUGAAGAUGAGAGGCGAAUUGUAGAUAUGACAAAUAUGAAAAUAUUAAGCCUCUCCAAUACCGAAAUUCAACAACAACCAGGAUGUCUGUUAGAUGGGUUGUGCAACCUUGUAGAAAUUGAAAAAUUUGUUUUGCACAAAAUAAGCAUGAACGAAAACGACGUGGAACUCUUGGCAAAAGGCAUUUGCUGCUUACACGAGUUAAAGAUCCUGAAAUUGUGUGAUCUACGCAAUGUUGGGAAAGGCAUGGAACAUGUUGUAGAAUCAGUAUCACACAACUGUCACCAAAUAAAAGAGCUUUCCUUAGUUAAUUGCUACUUGACCACAGAAGCACUGAGCUCUCUUUCAGUCAAUCUGGAAAAACUUACUAACCUUCAGAUACUCGAUUUGUCUGAUAACUAUUUGGAAGAUGGUGGGAAACAGUCAGUGAAAGAAUUGGGUCAUGCCUUGAGUCAUUUGCCAGAACUUUCAGCCCUUUCGCUACCUGGCGGCACUGAUGUCAAAUGCUGCUUGGAUGACUUGAUGUGUCAACUUAAGAAAAUUCCCAAAUUAUCAAAACUUGCAUUCAGAAGAUGGAACAUGGCAGAUGAGGACAUGAUAAAGUUAGGUACUUACUUUAAGGAGGAAUUCAUAAAGCUUGCAUUUCUGGACCUAUCAUAUAACCACGCUGGAGUAGCUGGCUGGAUUUCUUUCAUUAACGCUCUUCAAAACCUAAAGAGCCUGAAACAUUUUAAUCUUAGUACAGAGACAAUCUUUAUUCCAAUUGGUGAUGUUGUCCAGACUUUGUGCCGUGUAGUGGAGCAGCUUCCAUUCUUAUCUUCGUUGGAGCUGAAUAACUGGGAACUGGAUAAUAUGGACCUGGGUAAAAUGAAAAAUGUAAAAUUAAACUGCACAACAGGAGAAAGUUAUGAGCACUUUUUUCAAGUUCAGAAAACUUAA